UUGUACUGGCAACGCGAAAGCAGACCUUUUAACGACGCGAAUUUAUUGCCGUCUAUUUUUUUUUAUUAUAUAUUCUUGUGGGCGCUAAUCGCCACGAGAGAGUGUAAUGUCUAUUGUUUUAUAUCAGCCGCCUGCGCCAAACGCCGCGAACAUUUACUUUAUUAUUGUAAACAUCAAAUUAUAAUAUGGAGUUGUAGGCGCAAAUCGCCGUAUUUUUUUACAAUUUAUAUCGUUGUGUCUUGUAUCUAUUGACUAUUCUGUGUGUUACUUAUAACUACUUUUGGCAGUGGCUGGCCAGCAGUGCACCGACAACCUGCACUGCAACCUUUUAUUACACUUCCAACGGAUAUUGUCAUCAUGACGUCGUUACCAGAUGAGGGUCUUAAUGCCAUUGAUCCGACCCCCGUUUCCAGCACUGAUGAGCCGCUCGUGGAGUUUGUUUCUUUUGAAUCCGAUCAGUUACCGCAGACAAAAGUCGAUCAUAAUGCCUAUCUGUUCGUUGUGUUAUGUCCACCAGACGGCGGUCCCUGGGCCCUAUUCACGUGCAUACUAGGAUUUCUGGCCUUGCUGAUCUGUGAUGGCGUUUGUUUAUCAUUCAUUCUAUUCGACGGCCGUCUCGGCAUGGUCGAAAACUUGCCACCCGGAACACGCACCUUCGAACACUUGGCCGUGAUCUACCUGUUCCGCUACUUGACCGAACCGAUUUCGUGCGCGUUCAUCAACCGCUAUGGCUUUAGAUAUUUUUUAUUUUUUGGCAGUAUAUUAUCUGUCGUGUGGCUCGCAUCGUUAUGUUAUAUCGAAAAUCCAUUCACUCACGGACAUUACUUGUUGGCCAUCAUUGGUGGUAUUGGAAUGGGGAUAAUUAAAACAUCAUUCUUCGUUUUGCUGUCUACGCUGUUUAUCGUAAAACGCCAUUUGGCACAUUUAUCACUUCAUUUAGGAAGCUUCACUGGCAUGCUGAUAAUCCCGCCUCUUAACGAAUUCCAAUUACUGCCAACAGCAGACUUUAAAACGGAAAACUUGAAAUCGACAAACUUGAAAAUGGCAUUGUAUCUCAAUUUAGGUAUAAUGUGCUUUACAUUGGUAUUGUGGUUGUUUGUUUCUACACCGGUGACGUUAAAAUUAGACAUAGCCGAUGAUGAAACUAUUACCGAUUCUACCUCUCCUCCACGAUCAAGAACUGAUACAAUGGCCUGGAUAAUAGAAAACUUCCAGGAAAAUUAUAAAAAUUUAACUAUAUGGGAUACGAUCGGAAAUCAAAAAUUGUUUACGAGCGAGUUUCUAGCAAAAAGGCCGAUAGUCGUGAAUGAGCGUCCAGUGGAGAGUGUCCAACGGAAUCUAAAAUAUUCGAAUUGGGUCUAUGAAGAAUGUAAAAUCCGAAGGUUGAGCAACCGAAACAUCACAAAUAUGUUUAAAAAUGCUUUAAUCGGCAGUCGGCCGAUGUAUAGAGAUGACAUUCUUUACGACGGAAACAUCUCCUUGUUGAUGACCCAUAAAAAGUUUUCAAAUAAAUAUAUCAUCGAAUACAACGAAUACCUGAUGACGAUGACUCGUAUUUAUACCAUAGCUGACGUGAAUGAAGAAAAGAGCAACAAUUUCAACUGGAGAUGUCCGAUAGCCAUAAGUCGAGUUUUGAAGUGUAUGUUUAACAUGACGAUUUGGUCCAAUGAACAAUUUCUUUUAAUGGUAGCCAGCGAGGCUCUAAUUCACGCUGGCUGUUUGGUACCGUUUAUGUUCAUUAAAGGUCCUGUGGGUCAGAAGACCUCAGCAGAAGCAGUGAUUACCCUUAUCGCGGGCUGUUUUGGUUUAUUAUAUGGUCGGGGACUCGGUUAUGUGUUGCAUGGAAGGUCACCAUACCCUGUAUCUCUGUAUCAUGUUGGCCUAGCUUUGGUAGCUAAUGGUCUAUCGUUGCUCCUAUGCGCCACAACCACCAAUGAUAUUUCCAAUCUAUUGCCGUAUUUUGGAGUUUUUGGAAUUACUUUCGGAUAUUACAAGUCGAUUCAAAAUGUUGUGUUAUAUACUGCUUUUCCAUUAAAGAAUUUUAAUAAUGUAUGUGGGCAAAUUUCGUUGGUCCGAGGCGUAUCGUCAUUUGUUGGGAUUCUUUUUGCGGUAAAUAUGAUGCAGCCACGGAGAGACGGUCGACCGGUCACGAGCUGUGAGGACGUGUACGUUUACGCGGGCAUACUCAUGAUGAUCGCAAGCGUUUGUGUGACAGUUUUGCAGCAAUCGGCCACCGCCAUCAAGCCGCGAUCGGUGUACUGCGAAGUCUCGGUUCCAAAUCAUGCGGUCGGCGAAGUUAUACAUUGAACCAAUAAAAAAAAAAUCCAAUUACAGCGGAACGUUACCAGUUUUUUGAUACAUAUACAUAGCAAACCUAACCUAACCUAUAAGUACUGAAUUGUAUUGUAAUAUGAUUAUUGUUUUACCGUCUCAAAUGUUGUA